CCAUUCAUGCGACAUCUUGUGACGCCAGGAUGGUGGUGGAUUGGGAUCUGAAACUGACCUCAACGUCUCUCAUGUGGAGUGCACAGGCUUUCAGGAAAUGGAUCAGAUUUGCGUCGACGUGAAGCGUCCUGAUACUAAUGAAGAACAGCGCACACAUCAAGAUAAGACAGACGCAGAUAACACGGAGGAAAAGCUAAUCAGCUCUCACAAGUACCCGUGGAAACCAUGGAAACAUGGGCGGUCACGGAUCAGAGACUGUGUGCUGUGUGUGAAGAAGACGAUGGUCUCUUUGGCUAGUAUGGAGUGGUAUUGUUAUGCCCUUUUAGGGAUGCUUACUGCACUAAUAAGCUUCUUCAUGGACAUGACUGUGACCAAGAUUCUGAACGCUCACCAGUGGCUGUACGGUUGUCUUAAGGGUCACCAACUGCUGCAGUUCCUCUGCUGGACGCUGUACCCUGCCUGCCUCUGUGCUUUAUCCACCGGAUUUUCACACAGCAUCUGCCCAUCCUCUGCAGGUUCUGGUGUUCCUGAGGUGAGAGCUAUUAUUUUAGGGAUGGACAUGCCAGAUUACCUGUCCCUUUCCAAUUUGUUUGCUAAAGUGGUUGGCUUGACCUGCACGCUCGCCUCAGGCAGCACUGUUUUUCUCGGCAAAGUGGGUCCCUUUGUCCACUUAUCCACCAUGGUGGGUGCGUUCAUGAAUCGCCUGCAUGUUUCCUGUCGUGGUGGAAAGCAGAACGUAUCUAAAGGAGAAAUGCUGGUUGUGGCAUCAGCAGUGGGCGUGGCAAGCUGUUUUGGGGCUCCAAUAAGUGGGGUUUUGUUCAGUAUAGAGGUGAUGGGGUCUCAUUAUUCGGUCAAAGAUUACUGUCCCUGCUUCUUUGCAGCGGCUUGUGGAGCAAUAACCUUCAGAUUGCUUUCUGUUUGUAGCAGAGAUCAAGAAACCAUCCAGGCCCUGUUUAAAACCAGCUAUCCUGCUGAGUUGCCUUUCCAGCCGUUUGAAAUAUUUCUCUUUGCUUUAGUUGGGCUGAUCUGUGGUUUUAUCUGCUGCUUUUACUUAUACUGUCAUCGCUGGGCUCUGCGGUUUGUCAGGACAAACAAACCCAUCAGCAGACUUUUGACAACAGAAAAGGCUAUUUAUUCGGCCAUCGUAGCAUUUCUUCUCGCCUGCUUUACUUUUUAUCACUCGGCAGGACGUUUCAUAGCUUCUGAGCUCACAAUGAAGCAGCUGCUUUCUUCCCUGCUAGAUGCCACAUCAUGGUACAACAUUUCCCAGAAUUCCACAGGGCUGCCUGAGCCCCAGAACACAUUCUGGCAGGCAUGGAACCCACCGGAUGGAAGUUACUUCAAAACACUGGGAAUGUUUAUUCUUACCAAGGUUGGGCUGUUGGUUGUGGCGUGUACACUGCCUUUACCUGCUGGCUACUUCAUGCCAGUGUUUAUUUAUGGUGCUGCUGUUGGGCGUUUUGUAGGUGAGGUGUUUGCCUAUGUUUUCUCAGCAAAGCUUCAGUUAAACCCGGGGGGCUACGCUUUAGCAGGAGCAGCAGCUUACUCUGGGGCGGUAACGCAAACGCUCUCUCCUGCCUUAUUGGCUAUAGAGAUGACCGGCCAGUGCACUCAUGCGGUCCCUGCCUUGGUUGCUACGUUGAUAUCAAACGCGGUGGCUCGAGCAAAGCAUCGCCCAUCUUUCUACGAUGGCAUAUCCCUUAUUAAAAAGCUCCCACACUUGCCGUCUCUCAUCCGGGCUUGUCCAAAGUUGGCCUCGGUUCAGAUCAAGCAGUUUGAGAUUCCAACAGGUGUAGUGCUGGAGAAAGCUGAGGGACUGUCAAGUGUGCAGAAAAUCUUAAACGAUAACACGGAGACCGAAUUGCCUGUUGUCGACUCUCAUGACUCUUUCACUCUCGUGGGCACAGUCACCACAUCACUGCUGCGAGACUUUCUGGAUGAGCAUAAAGAUGAGGGGUUGUGUAAACAGUUAGAAGAAGCAUGUGCUAUUCAACCUGUCAGACUACAACUGGCUCCAGAAACCACAGUAAAGCAGGCCCAUUGUAUCAUGAACAUGACGGGCGAGAGGUGUUUGUUUGUAACGGAGAACGGGCGGCUGUGUGGUGUCCUCACACGGAAUGAGAUGAAGAAAAUACUCGAGGAGAUGGCAAAGGACGUCUAAUGCAUAGCAGAAGCCCAAAUGUUAAACUGAGAACAGGCAUUGAUUUAAAUCUCAUUAUGGUUAUAGUCAUCCGUAAUGAAUCAUUUGGUGGUGAUUUUACUCGCAUUAUUAUAUGGAGAUCAAGCAAUAAUCAUUCAUUGUAAAAUAAUGAGAAGUUGAUCUUCUCAUUGAAAUGAAGCGGGGGUCCAACUGAGCCAAACUCCCCCAAAGAUUUUCUACAAAAUACUGAAUAACAACACCAUCACAACAUUUUCCAUUGUGUGCAGUGACCGGAGGUCAAUUUUGAGGUAGAUUACUGUGGCAUUCUCAGAUUGUGUGGUUUAGCCAAGUCAACAAGAAAUUGUAUAUAUUUUUUCAAUAUCAGCGCCAUGUUUGCUUCAUUGGUUAUACCCAACUGUACACCAUGAUCUAUAGUGAUUACAUUAUUAAUGACACAGACCAUCUUUAAAACUGACCUUGUUACAUAGAGUCAAACAAAAAGUUAUUCAGACACCAGAUAUGAUUUUUUAGUGGGUGCGGGACACUGUAGUAUGUUUAUGUAAGCGAGGAUAGCAAAAUCAAGUAAGCUGUGUCAUAUUAUACAGAAAAUAGUGGACUACCAGCAAAAUGUAUAAAAAUCUAGGACCAAAUUAUUCAGUUGCUUUGACCUGACCAUGUUUUGCUUAAGUGUUUUAAUGCAACCUUUUUCUCCACAUACUGAACAAAAUGAAGUAUUGUUUUUUUAUUGGUACCAUCAAAUUGUGUACUUUUACAUUACAUUACAUCUUAUGCAUUUGGCGGACGCUUUUAUCCAAAGCGACUUACAUUGUAUUACAUUAUACAUUUGUUUCUAGUUAUGUGAAAUCCCUGGGAACGAAGCCAUUGGCGUUGUUAGCGCUAUGCUCUAACCACUGAGCUACAGGAAAGCUUACAUUUUGUACUUAAAUUUAACGGCUGACUUUUCAACCUAAUCCAAAACAUACCCUUCUAUCAAAGUUAUCUGACAUUAUCAAGAUGAAUAUGAUCUGACACAGUUUAACUCGGAGUUCAUGUCAUAUUUUAUUACUAUUUUCUAUAAUAAUGUGUGAAAUGUUGAAGGUGUCUGAAAAAUGUCUGGUUUAACUGUACAUAAUAUCACAUAUGGGUCUGAAUGAAAUGGAAUAUCUUGUUGUAAUCUCUCAGGGCUUAUCGACUAUAUGACCAACACUGGAAUAAAAGAGCAGUUCUGAACAAAGGAUUCAGUAAAAAAAGACGGUUGUUUGAUUUCUCGGGCCUUCAAAAUCCCAUCUUUUUCUCUGACCAUUUGUUCCCCAUAAGAGGUUAGAAGAAUUCAUAUAAAUUCUGAAUGUACGUCUCCUUUGUAUAUUUAGUUGAAAUUGAAUUCCAGUUACAAACACCAUUUUGAUUCUGCCCACCACCCCGGAGCCUCUAUCUACACAAUUAAAUCCUAAUUCAAACCUCCCCCAAAGCACAGAAGCAGCCAUGUACAUUAUCUGACACCACAAUAGGAUCACACUUUGUAAACUUCUAUUAAAAGACCCAAGAGCAUGAUAACGCUUGACCAUUCCACCUGCCAACACUCAGCUUCUUCUCCUUCUGCCACUGUAUCUAUUAGAAUUCCCCACAUCUCUCCUUUCCAUCUUCCUCUCUCUCUCUCCAGCACCUCUCUUUUGUUAGUGGAGUGUGAAUAGGGCUAAUUACGGAGAGAAGGUAGGUGAUUGUUAUUCCACCCAUCCCACUUUUGUGUCCUACAGAAC